AUGUUUAUACAUUCUUGUAAUUUCUAUUUAUUUUUAUUAUUUUAUUUUAUAUUUAUUAACUGCUCAUAUAUACAUUUUAGAAAAGAAAAAAGUAAUAUGAAUAAUCAUAAGAAUUAUUGUUAUGAUGGGAGCAUAAAAGAUGCAUGUAUCCAUGUGAAGGAAAAUCCUUCAUCAUAUGAUAAUAAUAAUAUAGAACAUAUGAAUCAAAUUUGGAAUAAUUCACCUACAAAUAUAAUAAAUACUAAAAAAGUCUCAAAUGUGGAACAAAAUCUUCAGAAGGAUACUAAAAAAUAUGAUCUUCAUGAUAGAAACUAUCCAAAUAUAAUUAAGGAAGAGGAAAAUAUUUUUUUACUUACAUGUAAGAAGUUUGUUAAUUUCACAAUACAGAAACGUUUCUUUGUUGUGUUAAGCAUCUUGAUAGGUUUUUUAUUACUUAUGUUAGUAAGUAUACCAUUGUACGAAACUAUGAUUUCUAAUAAAAUAGAAACAUCUUUUGUAACCUUUGAUAAUAGUUUAAAAUAUAUUAGAAAUAUCUAUCCUCUAACAUUUGAAAUAAAAAAGGCAGGAGAUGUCUUAACACAAUCAAGUGACAAGUUAGGAAACAAUACCAAUCAUUUUAUAAAUAUUUAUAAAAAAGAUAAAACAGCUACACUUAUGUUUUUUUCAGAAAAUAAUAAUAAUAAGGAAAAUCACAUAUUAGAUUAUAAUACUUUAAAAGAUAUAUUUUUUUUAUUACAAUAUUUUAAACAAAUAACUAUAUUGAAAGAUCAGAAAGAAAUAUACUGGAAAGAUAUAUGUAAAAAAUAUGAUACCCCUCUUAGUAAUCCAAAAUGUUUUGUCUUAGGUCUUUUUACAAUAAGUGAACUUACAAAUAUAAAUUAUAAUAAUAUAGAAAAAUGGAAUGUAUUUUUUGAUAAAAUAAUAAAAGAAGAUACAAAAUAUAUCAAACGUUUUUUUUCUCAAGCUCUAUACUUUUUACCUAAUUUUUUAUAUAUCCCAAAUCAUUUUAUAUAUAAAAUAGAGGAACAACAAAAUAUGCAUAAUAUAAUAAAUAAAAUAUAUACUAAUAUAAAAGGUCUCUUAUUUGUUUAUACAUUUGAUGAUAAUAUAUCAAAUGAAUUAUUAGAUAAUUGGUAUAAUAAAUUAAAUGAGUAUAUACAAUUAAUUAAUAAUAAUAAAUUAUCAUAUAUUAAUAUUAAAAAUCCCGAUGGAACAAUAUAUACACAUAUUUUAAAAUACAACAAGAUGUGGAAUGUAUUAACAAUAAAUGAUAAACUAUUACAAGAUGAAGAACAAAAUUCAAUACUUUUAGGAUUUCAAUCAAAUUAUUUAUUUAUUAUACUUUCAUUAUUAUUUAUAUUUUUUUAUAUAAAUAUUAACCUAUCAACAUUUGUAACGUAUACAAAAAAAAUCGUUUUACUUAUAUGUGUAUAUUUAUUAACUUUUUUUUCUUUGUCGUCUACAUUUUUUAUAUACUUAAUAUUUAAAUUGUAUAUAAUGCGUAUCUUCUUGUUGAAUUAUUUUGUCUUGUUUUUUUUGAGUGUCUUAUUUUGUUGUGUCAAUAUUUUUUAUUAUAAUCAAUAUUGUACCUCACCCGGGAAGGAUUCACAUAAUAAUAAUAUAUAUGAAAAUUUGAAUAACCAUAUUUAUAAUUCAUCAUAUCCCAUUAGUGAUAACCAUAUGGAAACUUUCUAUUACCUCCAAGCAACUUAUAAAUCCUUAUAUUUUAAUGGGAAAAUAACAUUGGUUUUAAUAUCUAUUUAUACAAUAGGCUUAUUUUGUAGUUACACGAUUACAAAAUGGUUCUGCUUAAAUACAAUAUUUUCCCUUAUAUCUUUAUAUAUUUACUAUGUCUUCUUUUUUAAUAACAUAUUUUCCUAUUUAUUGUAUGUCAAGGGAAAAAACAACAAUAUUAACUAUAAUCCAAAUGAUCAAAUUAAAGUAAUAGAUUAUUCCAAGGUGAAUAAUGAAGAAGAUAAAAAAGAAAUGAUUAUUUUUUUUAAUGCACAACAAAAUGUAAAUAAUAAUAAUUGCAACAAUAUUGAGGAAAAUAAUUAUCCGUUCACAAAUAAUAACAUCCAUACAAAUAAUGAUAUACUUAAAAAUAAUGAUAUACUUAAAAAUAAUGAUAUACUUAAAAAUAAUGAUAUACUUAAAAAUAAUGAUAUACUUAAAAAUAAUGAUAUGCUUAAAAAUAAUGAUAUGCUUAAAAAUAAUGAUACACACAUGUAUACAAAAAAAUGUGUCACAAACCAUUUUGACAAAAUGAAUACCUUUCAAAAUAAUACUCAAUAUACAGAACAUAAAAUGUUUAAUAAACCAAAAAAAUAUAAUGAAAAACCUUUCCACAUUUUUAAAAAAAUAUCCCUAUUACUUCUUCUCAUCUUGUCAUUCCUAAUAUUAUACCUAUACAUAUUUAUUAAUAAUAAAACACAGUUUAGUAUUUUUAGGUAUAUGAACAAAAAUUCUAAUGUUAGAAUGUUUAUAGAAAUAUUUGAAGGUAUAGCUAACCAUGUUAUCGAACCAGGAUAUUUAGUAUUGCCUGAAUCAUUUAAUUAUGAAAAAGAAGAUAAUCUAAUUAAUGUUGUUAAAUUAAUUGAAGAUUUGAAAAAAGAAAAAUGUAUUUAUAAUCCAAUUAUAUCAUGGAUAUCAACAUUUGAACUUCUAAAAAAUGAUUGUACAAAUAUAGAUUUUUUUGAUACCCAAUAUGAAUUAGAUAAUAACUCAGAAGAAUGCAUUAAUUAUAAUUUACAAAAUGUAGGGAAAAAAAACAAAAAAUUAUAUUUAGAACUAUUAAGUGCACAAUUUUGUAAAAAUAUACAGAAACCAUUAUGUGAUACAUUUAAUAAAAUAAUUUAUAAUUGGAUUCAUCAUAAAAAUGAUGAUAUAUAUGAGAGUCAUAUGUUUCAAAUAAAAACAUCUUAUAACGAUAAUAUUGAUCAGAUUCUUCCUCAAUACCAUACAAUAUCUCCUCAUAUAUUUUACGACAAAUACAUAAAGAUGGACGAGAAUUAUAACAUUUUAAAUAGCAGGAUAGGUUCCAUUUUUCAUAAUUACCCAAGUUCUUAUAACAAAAAUAUAGAGACAAUUGAAAAAAUAAAUAAUGUUAUUAAAAAUAGUAAUAUAGAGAAUAUAUAUUUUUAUUCAGAAACGUAUGUUUUAUACCAACAAGCCAUGAAAUUUCUUAAAGAAUUCAAAUUUAUGUUCUUUUUUUAUAUAUUCAUCUAUAUUAUUUCUAUAUAUAUAUUUAAUAAAAUGGGAGUCCCAAUAAUCUUUCCAUUCUUAUUAUUUAAUAGUUUAAGUAUGUUAUAUUUUACUUAUUUUUUUUCUAUUAAUACUGACGCCAUAACAAUUAUAUUAUUAAAAAUAACUACUGCUAUAUCAUUAUCCAAUUAUCUAUAUUCCACUUUGUAUUUUAACAAAACAAAAAAUGGUACUCUUCAUUUUGAUAAUACGAUAAAGAAAUCGUUACCAUAUUUAUUAUUUCUAAUAUUAUAUUUAAUUAGCUUUAGUGCUGGAGAUUACAUUUCGAAUGUCGUGAGGUUGUACAUCUUAAAUCAUGUUCUAUGGUAUAUUUUAUAUUCUCUUACCAUAUUUUGUAUACACAGAAUUAUGUAUAAAUAA